ACUUGGCCUGACUUCUCAUUUACUCACUAAUUGCAGAGCCUGGUGACUCUUAGUCUCUCUUUAUCAUUACUCCAUCUUUCGCUGUUGCGUUCUCCUGCUUCUCAGGCUUGAGAAACGUCCCAAUAUUCACUGGAUAUUCGAGUUACGAAUCGCGUUCUGUCAUUCCGACAUUGAUCGCAGCUGCGUGGGAGUGUGGAUAUGCCAUAUCUGGUUCAUCAUCAUCGCGAGCAUCAUCGACGUCGCCACUCCUGGCCUUAUUGCGGUGGUGGAACACAGCAUCAGCCGCUGGGGCGAAACUGGGUGGUCUUUCAGUCUGCACACCAGCAGCAGCAGCAGCUACAGUACCAGUACCAGCAGCAGCAACAAAAGUCCUACCAGCAACUCCUCGAACAGCAUUUCCUCGUCCCAGUUGGAUCAGAAGACUUACUUGAGGACGAUGCUGCGUCCGCGGGAAUUGGGCCCUCGCUGACGAGGACGAGGGCGAUGCCUGCAGUGGCACCGAAUACUCGUUCUCGACGGUGGUGGUCGUCGUGGUGGUCGUCCUCCGCGCGAGGGGCUUCCUCGCCGCAGGAUGAUCAUACAUCCUCUAGUGAACAUGGAGGACCGUUCAGGAAGAUGGUGCGGCCGCCGUUAGACAAGGCGAAGUCGCUAUUUGUAAUGCCCACAACGACGACUCAGUAUCCGGUCGGCGGUGGAGAGGAGGUACUCUUUACGUCGUACUUGGUGCCUUCGCCGCCGAGUUCGCCGCGUGCCGGAAAGUUAGACGCUGCAGGUCAGGUUGACGCGACUUCUGGUGGGUUGUUGUCAGUGCCGGUAGUGGAUGUUGCAGGUGGUCGUGGUGGUACUGGUGGUGGUCGGCGAGGGAGAGCAAUGGAUCUGCUGUCGGAGAGGAACCAUCGGCGGUGUCAUUCGGAGCAGCCGCGGUCUUGGAAACGGCCAAGUGCGAGCUUGUGGCCGCUUGAAGAAGAAUGAGGUGCUGCUGCUUUAGUGGUUUGUUCAUUACAUGGUGUCGUUUAAUCGGGGCUCUUCUCAUUCUAUUCCAGGCUGGUGUGCUCGAGAGUUCUGUAGGUUUUUCUUCUGCCUGUUUUUCUAUUUCUCAUUCUCACCAUGUUCUAUUUUGUUCUGGUU